ACUCACGUAAUGCGUUUUCCCACUUCCCCUCUCUCUUCAUCUCGCGAGAUUUCCAAUUCUUCAUUUUCUUCUUUUCCCCUCCUACCUUCCCCUCCCUUUUCUUAUUGUUCGAAGAUCUCGGUUUCAAUUUUCUGUUUAGUUUAUCGGGAGUUCUGCUUUUCCUCCCUUGUUGCCGAUUACUCUUUUUUUGCCUCGCGCAUUUCCAGUGUUUUCCCAGGUUUUCCUCAAAUCAUCUAG